GAGUGUGCGCAGUGUCGCCUGCUCUCGCACAGUAGGAUGAGUGUCUGGCCGCCGCCUGUUCUGUGUCAUCGUUCCCCUUAAACAGCCGUGGUUAUGGCGGACAGUGCCAGCGAGAGUGAUACUGAUGGUGCAGGUAACAGCUCGGCAGCCAUGCAGACCUCGUCUUCGGCGCCUUCCUCUGGGAAGUCAGGCAUUGUGAUUUCGCCGUUCCGUCUGGAGGAGCUGACUAACCGCCUGGCCUCGCUACAGCAGGAGAACAAAGUGCUGAAGAUCGAACUGGAGACCUACAAGCUCAAGUGUAAGGCGCUGCAGGAGGAGAACCGGGACUUGAGAAAAGCCAGUGUCACUAUACAAGCAAGAGCAGAGCAAGAGGAGGAGUUCAUUAGCAACACUUUGUUUAAGAAGAUUCAAGCCUUGCAGAAGGAGAAGGAAACCCUUGCUGUCAACUAUGAAAAAGAGGAGGAAUUCCUCACAAAUGAACUGUCCCGUAAACUCAUGCAGUUGCAACAUGAAAAAGCAGAGCUGGAACAGCAUCUGGAACAGGAACAAGAGUUUCAAGUGAACAAACUAAUGAAGAAAAUAAAGAAACUGGAAAAUGAUACAAUCUCCAAACAGCUAACGCUAGAACAGUUAAGACGUGAAAAAAUUGAUCUUGAAAACACAUUAGAACAAGAACAGGAAGCGCUUGUAAACCGCCUCUGGAAAAGGAUGGACAAACUUGAAGCAGAGAAAAGAAUUUUACAAGAAAAAUUAGAUCAACCUGUAUCUGCUCCUCCGUCACCACGAGACAUAUCAAUGGACAUAGAUUCUCCAGAAAACAUGAUGAGGCACAUACGAUUUUUGAAGAAUGAGGUAGAAAGGCUAAAGAAGCAGUUAAGAGCAGCUCAGCUGCAACACACUGAGAAAAUGGCACAAUAUUUGGAGGAAGAACGCCACAUGAGAGAAGAAAACUUGCGACUUCAAAGAAAGCUACAGCGAGAGAUGGAAAGAAGAGAGGCCCUAUGCAGGCAACUGUCAGAAAGCGAGUCCAGUUUAGAAAUGGAUGAUGAGAGGUAUUUUAAUGAGAUGUCAGCACAAGGGCUGAGGCCACGCACUGUAUCCAGCCCUAUUCCCUAUACACCAUCUCCAAGUUCCAGCAGGCCUAUUUCUCCUGGUUUGUCUUAUGCAAGUCACAAUGUCGGUUUCACACCUCCAGCGUCCCUGACUAGGGCUGGAAUGUCAUAUUUCAACGCUCCUGGUUUACAUGUGCAACAUAUGGGAUCAUCCCACGGUAUUACAAGACCUUCACCAAGGAGAAGCAACAGCCCAGAUAAAUUCAAGCGCCCCACACCACCUCCUUCUCCAAACACUCAAACCCCAGUGCAGCCGCCACCACCUCCACCACCUCCAGCACAACCUGCAGUCCAGUCUGCUGCAUCUCAGUCUGCAACUUCCCACAAUUCAGUGCAUCCUUUCCCUCAACCCUAGUGCAUGUGCUCUGCAGUCUCUGCAUUUUGAGUUGGACUCAUACCAUGGAACAGUUUACUAAAGCCAAAGGCUUAUCUGUCAUAUUUGGAUUUGACUUUAUUUGCACUGAGGUUACAUAGGCUUCACUGUUUUAUUGUGUUGUAAAUGUUUGUCUUAAAAUGCAGCCAGUGUUGUGGGUCUACAGCGUUUAACUUCCCAACACGAUUACUUGUCCAUGUUUACGGAAACUUCAUGUACGUUCAUUCUCUGGCUGGAACAAUUGCUACUUGGUAUUGGGCAGAACCAACUAAAAGUUGUACAACACUGCUCUAAUACAUCCUCUCAAGGCUUUUAGAUUUGUGUAGUUAAAGGGAUAUCAUCUUUUUUUAUGAGUUUGUAUAAUUAAGCAUGAUAGGUUGAUUUUUUUUUUUCCGCAAAGGGAUAUCCCAAGCGUUCAGGAAACAAUCACUACAUAUGAGUAAUAUUUAAUAUGGACACCUUUUGGGGUGCUCAUGAAAACCAUUGUGGUUGUAAGCCAAUCUACAAUGAAUAUACACAAUUUAAAAUGAAGCCAAUAUUGCUAACAGCAGUCAUGCUCUUUGAGAUAUAGUAGCAUGGAUACUUUGCAAGCCAGUAUGUUAAUAUUCUUUACCAAUUAUGUGUAAAUCAAGAUUUUAUGGAGGUAGGUGAAGUUCUUCAGUGCCUGUAACUCCCAUACAUUUUAUAUGCUGAGCAAGUUUUGUGUUGCACACAAGACGUAACUGAUGCAAAAAUCACAAAACCAAAAUAUCAUCUAUAAUUGAAAUGGUGGUGAAAUGUGGGGAAUUUUGUUUAAAUAUGUGGAAUGUAUUGUAAAUUGAUCUUAAGAUUUAAAUGUAUCCUAGAUCAUCAUCAUAAGUAAACUGUCCGUAAAUUCA